GGUAAGCAGCGUCGUUUUCUCUCUCAGGCGUCUGCAAUGCCGCCGUCUCUCUCAUUUCUCACUGGCUUGUUUCAGUGAUUCAGUGAAUUCUCUCUUUCCGGUGGAAUUUCGGGUCGCCGGGGUCGGAGAGAGCUAGAUAAGGAACGUGCAGAGUUUCUCUGCAGAAGAUGAGAGUAGAUUUUCUGUUGAUUUUCUGUGUUGCAUUGUGCGUGGCUUCGUUUGGUAGAUCAGCUUCUUCUGUCCCCCAAGACCCGUUUCUUGGAAUUUCUCCUGAAGAUGAGAGCUUCUACAAGACGUCAUUGGAUACUAUAAACUGCAAAGAUGGAUCGAAGAAGUUCAACAAAUCCCAGCUCAAUGAUGAUUUCUGUGAUUGUCUUGAUGGCACUGAUGAGCCAGGUACAUCUGCAUGCCCAACUGGAAAAUUUUAUUGUCGGAACAUUGGACACUUCCCCCAAACUUUAUUUUCUUCUAGAGUGAAUGAUGGUAUUUGCGACUGUUGUGAUGGGAGUGAUGAGUAUGAUGGAGAAGUGAAGUGUCUCAAUACCUGCUGGGAGGCUGGAAAAGCAGCUAGGGAUAAGUUGAAGAAAAAGAUUGCUACAUAUCAGGAGGGGGUUACAUUGCGAAAGCAGGGAAUAGAGCAGACAAGAAUGGCUAUGGCAAAAGAUGAGGCAGAGCUAAAAAAACUAAAAAAUGAGGAGAAGAUAUUGAAUGGGCUCAUUCAACAACUUAAAGAGCAUAAAGAACUAAUAGAGAAGGCACAGGAGAAAGAAAGGUUACAGAAAGAGAAGGAAAAAAAACAAGCUGAGGAAGCACUGAGGAAAGAAAGUGAACCCGAGGAAGCCAAGGUUGAAACAGGCGUAGCUGAGCAAAAAGUGGACAGUGGAGUCAAAUCCACAGAAAGUACACUUGAUAACUUAAUUGGCACUGUGGAUAAUGAUCCAUCAGAUGAGGAUCUCAAAUUAGUCAGUGAGGAUAAUGUGGCAGCUAAAGUUGAAAAUCGUGAUACUUCUGAAAUUGAAGGAUCUCCACGAAAUAGACAUGCUCUGGAGAAUAUGGAAGAGUCUGCCUCAGCAGGCCACAAGGAUGAUUCUGCAGUUGUGCCUGAGACUGGUAGUGAUGCUAGAAGUGGAGUAGUGCCUGAUGAUGUCAAGAAAAUGGGCAAUGAUCUGUCUGAAAAUACUGAGGAAUUGUCAGGGGAAGAAUUAGGUCGCCUUGUUGCUUCUCGUUGGACUGGAGAAAAUACUGAAAAACGUGAUGAUGUAAAAGAUAAUUCUCAUGAAUGUCAUGAAGAUACGCUAAAGCAGAUACAUGAUGGGGAAUAUGAUGGCUAUGCUCCAGAUACUGGAGAUGACACUAGUAAAUAUGAUGACACAGGAAAAUAUGAUGAUACUGAAGACGAUACUGAUGAAGAGGACAAUCAUGAUGAUCCUAGCUCUUCAUACAAAUCCGUUGAUGACAUAGACUUGUCAGAUACAUCCAUAACCACUCUGAGUAACCCAACUUGGUUGGGGAAGAUACAACAAACUGUACGAAAUAUUCUGCAGGCUGUUAAUUUGUUCCGAACACCAGUAAACAUAUCAGAUGCUGCUGAUGUACACAAAGAAUAUGAUGAAUCCAGUACCAAGUUAUCUAAAAUACAGUCAAGGAUAUCAACUUUGACAAAAAAGCUAAAGCAAGAUUUUGGGCCAGAGAAAGAGUUCUACUCGUUCUAUGAUCAUUGUUUUGAAAGCAAGCAGAAUAAGUAUGUUUACAAAGUCUGCCCAUAUAAACAAGCUUCCCAGGUGGAGGGGCAUGCCACAACUCGUUUGGGGUACUGGGAGAAAUUUGAGGACUCAUACCGAGUGAUGAUGUUUUCAAAUGGAGAUAGGUGUUGGAAUGGGCCAGAUAGAAGUUUGAAGAUCAAAUUAAGAUGUGGGUUGAAAAAUGAGAUUGCCGAUGUUGACGAACCAAGUCGUUGCGAGUAUGUAGCUCUUUUAUCUACCCCAGCCCUAUGCACGGAAGAUAAACUGAAGGAGCUACAAGAUAAACUAGACAUGAUGAACAAACAGCACCAGAAGCAUGAUGAACUCUGAAGUGUUUUGAAUGCCAGAUGCCUAAAGAUGUCAUUUGACCACAUAUAUAUGUCUUAUCAGUCCUUAAGAAGAAACACCAAUUCAAGCUUAAAGAUGAUGAUAUGCAGAAUGCAGCCUUCUUAGCCAGGUAGUUUGAAGAAAUUCAAGCAAAUUUGAAGUGGUCUCGUGAAAAUUUUCUAUUUUGGAGUAUGCUUUCUGGAUAGAUUGAGGUGCAUUCAUAAUCACCCAGGCUGACCUAAACUGACAUCUAAGCCAAUCUGCCAUGUCCAAUUCCUUAAAAUUUUGCUUAUAAUAAUGAUUGUUAGUAGUCUUAUACUACAUAGACAUCAUAUUGUUUUUCCACAAACAAUGUUCUAUAGAUCCUUUGAUGAAUCUGGGUUUGGUUCUUCAAAACCUAGAAAGUGAGGAGAAUAUUGAUAAAAAAAAAUACCACUG